AGAAGAUAUUUUUAUUGUUAUAAAAUUCAAUAAAAUAAGAAAGUAGAUUGAGAAAGAGACCUAACCCCCAACAGAAAACUACCAACCACCGCACCCUUUACUCUCUCUCUCUUUUAUUGGGUGUUUUAGUUUCAUAAUUUUCAUCUCACUUUAAAAAUAAAUAAAUUUGAAUAAAAGAAUAAAUAAAUAAAAAAGUUAAAGAAUUAAAAAUUUAAAAAAAGAAGAAAAAGAAAAUGAGAAGUGAAACUCUCCCACCGGACAAAACAGAAAGAAAACAUAGUUUCCAACUCCUCUCCUCUUCUUCCUUUCUUUUCCUUUUUCCAUUAUAACACCAAUUCCUAAUUUCCUUUAAACCAAACAAGCCACAUCUUCAUUCGUUUAUAAUAACUCCCAAUUUUCUGGGGGGGUUUCUCAACUCAGAAAGCCUAGCUCUUUCAUUUUCUUUUUCUUUUUCUUUUUCUUCAAUUCAGUUCCAAUUUUUGCACCUACUUCAGCAAUGUCGAGUUUAGAAGAGCCACUUGCUCUUGACAAGUUGCCAAGCAUGAGUACCAUUGACAGGAUUCAGAGGUUCUCUUCUGGUGCUUGCCGGCCGAGCGUGGAUGAUAUGGGAAUGGGAACUUUCUGGAUUGAAGGAAGGAAUUGCAGCACAUCCAACAGUUGCGAGGAAGAUUAUGAGUAUACAAGAGAGAUGUUUCCCUGGAAAAGACAUACAAGGGAUCUGUCCCAAGGUGACUCUGUCAAUCAAAGGACCAUGAGCUUAGGCAGGAACCAUAUGGUGUGUGGAAAGGUUUGGGAUUCACGGUACUUUCCAGAUUGUCAAUAUAACUCCAAAUCCAAUGACAGAGAUGUGUGGGGUUAUACAAAUAAGUUUCUGAAAGGCAUGCCAAAGUUUGUGAAGAUAGUUGAAGUUGGUCCAAGGGACGGACUACAGAAUGAGAAAAAUAUUGUACCCACAGAUGUUAAGAUUGAACUGAUUCGCAGAUUAGUAUCUUCAGGGUUGGCAGUUGUUGAGGCUACAAGUUUUGUAUCUCCAAAAUGGGUUCCUCAGCAGUUAGCAGAUGCAAGAGAUGUAAUGAAAGCAGUUAAAAGUUUGGAGGGCUCUAGACUUCCUGUUCUAACACCUAAUCUAAAAGGAUUUGAAGCAGCUGUUGCUGCUGGUGCCAAGGAAGUAGCAGUUUUUGCAUCCGCUUCUGAGUCAUUUUCAAAGUCAAAUAUUAAUUGCAGCAUUGAAGAGAGUCUUGCUCGUUACCGUGCUGUUACGAAUGCUGCAAAAGAGCUUGGAGUUCCUGUUCGAGGGUAUGUCUCAUGCGUAGUUGGGUGUCCUGUGGAUGGAGCAGUUUCUCCUUCAGAAGUGGCAUAUGUAGCAAAAGAACUUCAUGAUAUGGGCUGCUUCGAAAUUUCUCUUGGUGAUACAAUUGGUGUUGGCACACCUGGGACCGUUGUUCCUAUGCUUGAGGCUGUAAUGGCUGUUGUUCCUGUUGAAAAGCUUGCUGUCCACUUCCAUGAUACUUAUGGGCAAUCUCUUUCGAAUAUUUUAGUUUCCCUCCAGAUGGGGAUUAGCACAGUGGACUCAUCAAUUGCGGGUUUAGGCGGGUGCCCAUAUGCUAAGGGAGCAUCGGGCAAUGUUGCCACUGAAGAUGUUGUCUACAUGCUUCAUGGGCUUGGUGUGAAGACAAAUGUGGAUCUAUCAAAACUCCUCUCUGCUGGGGAUUUCAUAAGCAAGCACUUAGCUCGCCAGUCUGGUUCAAAGACUGCUAUUGCCUUGAGCCGAGUUACAGCUGACGCCUCUAAGAUAUGAGGGGACUACUGUUGCCUUGUGCCAAGUUACAGCUGACACCUCAACAGUAUGAAAGGUCGCAGUUAGUUAUAUUUAUAAACAGGUACACUUGUAAACAAGUAAAAAUAGCACUGCUAUGCAUGCUGCAUGUUCAUAACAUGCAUGCCAUAUACAUAUAUGAAUACACGUAUAAAUAGGUAUAAAUAAAAGAGCGAGUGAUUAUUGUACUUGAA